UGGAAAGAUGUUUUUUUCCUCUCUCUAUCUCUCUCUCUCUCUCUCUCAAUGUUAUUUCUUAUGUGGUUCAUGUUUUGACCAUGCAAUGAGGGGAAGGUGCUGCCAGAUUAGCUGCAACUUGGUGAAACUGUAUUCCUAUAUACAAACUUCUCGCUGUUUCUCUAUAGUUCCAUCAUCUCCACUUCUCAGCCCUGAGAGUGUUCAUGUUUUUCCCCGAAACAGGCGAACCCAAAGUCACCAGCUGAGCCAACUCUUACUCUCACCACCCCAGGGAGCAGAUCCUAGACUGUACAACAAAAUAGUCCACGGUAAAGUGAUUCUUUUGGGGUUCGAAUCGAGCAUUUUCCUCAACAACGUUUUCAUUAAUGCCUACUCAAAAUCGGGCUGUUUGGACUAUGCACGCCUUGUGUUUGAUUCAAUGCCGCAAAGGAAUUUGAUCACUUGGGCUUCGGUGAUUUCUAUGUAUUUCCAUCGAGGGUUUUACGAAGAAGCCUUGUUGAUGUUUGUGGAGUUCUGUAGAUGUUCUGAUGAGGGCCCUAACGAGUUUGUUUUGGCUAGUGUCAUUCACUGUUGCGCAAGGUUGGGUGGUGCGGGAAGGGGUGUUGAGUUGCAUGGAUCUGUUCUCAAGAACGGUUUCUAUCAUCACGUCAACGUGGGCACUGCCUUGGUUGAUUUCUAUUCUAAACGCAGCGACAUAGGUGCUGCAAGAUUGAUGUUUGAUGAUUUACCAGUGAAGAACACAGCUGCUUGGACGACUAUUAUUACAGCAUCUGCAAGAAGCGGAAAGAGUGAGGUUACAUUGCAGUUGUUUUUCCAGAUGAGGAAGAUCGGUCUCGUCCCAGACAAGUACGCAAUUACAUGUGCCUUAACUGCUUGUUCAUCACUCGGGUAUUUUGAAGCUGGGAAGCAAAUUCAUGCCUAUGUGCUCCGGUGGGGAGAAGGGAUGGAUGAUGCUUCAGUUAGUAAUGCGCUUAUUGAUUUCUAUAUGAAAUCCGGUAAAGUUAAGAGUGGUUGGGCAUUAUUUGAUCAACUCGACACCAAGAAUGUUAUCUCUUGGACUACAAUUAUAUCUGGGUACAUGCAAAAUUCUUUCGAUUGGCAAGCCAUCGAGCAGUUUGGGAACAUGAACCGGUUAGGUUGGAAACCCGAUGGCUUUACUUGCUGCAGUGUACUUAUUUCUUGUGGUUCUUGUGAGGCUUUAGACCAGGGAAGACAAGUACAUGCAUAUACCCUAAAAGCUAACCUCAAUACCGAUGACUAUGUUCUAAGCAGCUUGAUUGGUAUGUAUUCUAAAUGCGAUUCGCUAGUUGAUGCACAGAAGGCUUUUGAUUCUAUGGAGAGAAGUGAUGUAAUCGCGUAUAAUGCAAUGAUCGAGGGGUACUAUAGAAGGGAUAUGCUGUAUGAAGCGUUAGAUCUUUUUGCUGAAAUGAGAAUCAACUCGAUCCACCCAAGUCUUUUGUCUUUUGUUACCCUGCUGGGCGUAUCGGCUUCCCUGCUUAGCCUGGUUUUGAGCAGGCAACUUCAUGGUCUCAUCACGAAAUCCGGAUUCUCUAGGGAAUUGUUUGCAGGAAGCAGCGUUAUAAAUGCUUACUCACAAUUCUCUUCUUCGGUUGAUGAUGCGAGGCGAGUAUUUGAGGAGAUGGACGGGGAAGAUAUUGUGGUUUGGAACACGAUGCUGUUUGGGUAUGUACAACAUUCGCGAAUCGCAGAGGCUCUGAGGCUCUUCUUGGAAUUACAGGAUUCUUCGGGGCUAAAGCUAAAGCCAAAUGCUGUCACGUUCAUUGCCCUUCUUACAGGAUCCGGUAACCUAGCGAGUCUCCCCCACGGGCUGCAAUUUCACAACCAGAUCAUAAAGGCGGGCCUAGAUUCAGACCCGUUUCUUGGAAAUGCUCUGGUGGAUAUGUAUGCCAACUGUGGAAGCUCGGGUGAUGCACUGAAGGCGUUCGAUUCUAUUACCCAGAGAGACGUGGCUUGCUGGAAUUCCAUGAUAUCUAUGUAUGCCCAGCAUGGAGAAGCCCGGGAUGCUCUCUGUAUGUUCGAUAGAAUGAUUAACGAAGGCAUCAGACCCAACGGGGUCUCAUUCAUUGGGGUGCUUUCAGCAUGUAGCCAUUCCGGGCUGGUAGAAGAAGGCUUCUCCUACUUCAAUUCUCUGUCCCGGUUUGGCAUUGAGCCAGAAAAAGAACAUUACGGUUGCAUGGUUUCACUGUUGGCCCGAGCCGGUGAAUUGCGUGAAGCAGUGGAUUUGAUUGGGAGAAUGGCAACUCAACCAGAAGCCACAGUGUGGGGAAGCCUGGUGAGUGCAUGUAGAGCUGGGGAGAAUAUUGAACUGGGAAAAUAUGCAGCAGAAAUGGCUAUCUCUUUGGAUCCAAAGGAUAGUGGGUCAUACAUCUUACUCUCAAAUCUUUUUGCUUCUAAAUGUAUGUGGAGUGAUGCCAAAAGGGUGAGGGAGAGAAUGGAAAAAAAUGGAGUGGUGAAAGAAAGAGGAUAUAGUUGGAUUGAGAUCAAGAAUGAUGUGCAUUUCUUUAUUUCAAGAGAUGGAAGCCACCCUCAAACUCAUGCCAUAUACACUCUUCUUGGAUUUCUGAUUCUGCAGAUGAAAGGGCUGGCUUAUGUGCCUCAUGACUGAUGAGUAAUUCCAUUAUGCUCCCUUGUAUGUACCUGCAGUCUCCAGAUUCUCCCCUAUAUAAUCUUCGACUAUUGAUCUUCUCUGGAUUUCCAACCGGCCUGUUAAUGAAAAUCACCGACCAUGGUCCACGUUACA